CAAACAAACAAACACAGAAAAGUUUUUCGUUAUUGUUUUUUUUCUGUUUGUUAUUUUAUUUUUGUGUGACCGCGACGAUCGCGCACUGACAAACACACACACAGAAAAUAAAAACCGAAUCCGAUUGUGGACGACAAUUGUCUUGAAUAAUUGAAAUGAAAAAAAUUCUUCGAAAAAAAGAAUCUGAAAAAAAUAUAAUGCAUUUCUUUUGGAUAAGAAGAAAAAAAUUCUAAAAUUUCAAAGAUCAAAAACGACAACGACAACAACUACAAAUAGAAAAGUUCCGGAGUGAUCCAUGCAUAUACGCACAUCCAUAUAUGUAUUCUGAGAAGAAAUGAAAAAAAAAAUUCCAAAUACCCGCGACGAUGAUGUAUCUCUAUUCAUAACAACCACUAUCACCCCCGUUUUUGAUUCUUUCACAUUUGACAUUUUUGUUUCACCAUCACCAUCAUCAUCAUCCGUAGUCAAAUAGGAAAAAAAGGAAUGCAGCCGAAUCGACAGCAACGAAUUAGAAAAUCACCACAAUCAUUGUGUCAACAGCAACAACCAAAUCGAAACAUGAUUCAAGAUCAACAACAACAACAACAACAACAUCAAUCUUUAUCAUCACAAAUUGAUACGAGAAUAACUCGAUCUAAAGAUAGAAAAAAUGUCGAACAACAGCAGCAAUCAUCUAUAUUGAUGACGAUGGAUAAUAAUUGUAUGAAGAAUAAAUCCAACCAUCGUAUAAUGACAAAUAACAACAUUUGUGCGACUGGUGGUGUUUAUUAUAAUAAUAAAAAAUCCACAACGACAACAAACUCAGGUAGACGACAACAUCAAUUGGAUUAUAGUAAAAUUCGUCGCCGAUCAGGUAAAUCAAAUAAUAAUAACCAGAAUCGAAAAGUCACUUCAACAAUGACAACUAUUCGAACGAAUCGCCAUCAACUACAUCGAAAAAAUCAUCAUCAUCAUCACCGGGAUCGUAGAAAUGAUUCACCAGAAUCGAAAGAUUUGUCAUCACCAUCAUCACCAUCAUCAUCGUCAUCGGUAGUCAUAACUUCUUCAUCAUCAUCAACAUUGAUAAAUGAAUCGCGCACAAAUUUAAACAAAAAUUCUGGAUUCAUUACUUGUUUAGUGUGUAAUCAAACCAAAUAUUAUUCCCAUGUACAAAGACGUUAUGGAAUUUUUAGCUGUGAGCCAUGUUUUAAAUUUUUCUCUCGUUUCGUCAAAGAACCUAAACAUUUUCAAUGUAAUGAUAAAGGAGAAUGUUUAAUCGUAUUGGCCAAUGAUGAUAAUAAUAAUGGCAAAAAUGAUGAUAAUUCUGCUCAACGUUUUUCCAAUGGUACCGGUGGCCGAUGUAAAGCGUGUUGGCUAAAAUUAUGCAUUGAAAAAUUUAAAAUUGAUUUCGAUACUCGACGUUCAUUGAUGGAAAAAUAUUGCCAAAAAUCUACAAUUGAAUCGUCGGAAAUUAUUGUCGAUAAUAAACCAGUCACAACAUCGAAAACAUCGAUGCUCAAAAAGCAUAAAAUUAAUGUCAAAAAUCACAACGAAUGUCAAAAGCCUGUGCUCAACAAAGUGCAAUCAACAAAAAAAUCUGAAACUUUAAAUAAUGUUGAUUCAUCAAUGAAGAAACUGAAAUCAAAGUCAAAUGAAAAUGAUUUGCAAAUCGAACCACAAAUAAUACGACCAUCAAAACAAAUGUCGGAUCUAUGA